UUCGAAUUCGUGGCGAUCUCUCGUGCGACCGAGUUGCGGCGAUGGCGUCCCCUAGCGAUGAGUCGGAGCGGAAAUGGAAGAGGGCUUUCUCCCAGAUCCGAGGCAGCCAGUUGCUCGGGAGUGUCGACCAAGAAACCAUGGCCGGAGAAAAGAGAUGGCUUCCCCUCGAGUCCAAUCCCGAAGUUAUGAACAAGUUCCUCUCCCACGUGGGGGUGCCAGAAGACUUCUCAAUGGUUGACGUCAUCGACCUGGACGACGAGCACCUUGAGAAGAUGCCCAAGAAAGUUUUAGCAGUCUUGCUUCUCUUCCCCACUGGUGAACAGCACGAACAGCACUGCGCUAGCGAGCAAGAAACUAUCGACUCGGAUGGCCAAGUGGUGAGCGACCGUGUGUACUUCAUCAAGUUGGAUGCCGAUAAUGCCAGCGGCACUGUCGCCUUGGUGCACGCCGUCGCCAACGCGGAGGAGGAGCUACAGCCGGCUGAUGAUUCUCCAUUGAAGGAAUUCAUCGACAGAACGAAAGAUAUGUCCCCGGAAGAAAGAGGACAGGAACUCGAAAUGGACGAGACUCUGUGUUGUGUCCACGAGACAAUGGCAAAGGAAGGCCAAACAGAAGCCCCAGAGGGUGAUGAAGAAACGAAGCUUCAUUUUAUAACAUUCGUUGCUUUAGAUGAACAACUCUAUGAAUUAGAUGCCCAUAAAAAUUAUCCUAUUAAUCAUGGCUCAACCAGUAUGGACACACUAUUGAAAGACGCCGUUGCUGUAUGUAAGGCUUUCAUGGAGCGUGAUCCAGACAACCUAAACUUUUCCAUCAUGGCCUUGGUGUCCGGACCGGCGCCCGACACUGAAGAGGAAGAAGUGGAGGAAUGAUUGCACCGGCACCACUCGUUCCACUGACGUCAAGACUGCACUGCGAAACAUGAAGCUUAGAUAUUUUUUCAAGAUGCUUACAUCCAGAUAAAGAAACAAACACUUCGUGAUCCCCUUAGAGGGGAACCAAUCUAAUUUCCUGCCAAUGCUGUGCCUCUUGGAGAUACUCUCAAACGGGAGCCGCUGUUCAUUUUCCUUCUUUCCUGUAGAGCGCCUAUUUUGAUUCCGUUCGUUUAUUCCCCCUUCUCUCCUCCUCGUGAAGAGUAAUUUAUUUUCAUUCACUUGUGCUGGUUGUACUGCAGAGACUUUGUAUGAUGUCAACACAAGAUUUCAGCAUGUUAAAUAAAAAUUUAAUUCUGGU